GGGAUUUCCUUGCUGCUUUUUAAGCGCACGCAGCCUCAUUCCCGGGAUAGAAGAAUAGGAUAGCGUCAACGGAUUGCUUCUAGUGUUGUAUUGUCUCCUGCUGUUCACUGCUGCCGCUAGGCUGGGGACGACGGUUGGGUGUGACUUGGCACUUACGAGAGCGGCUCAUCUCUCAGCACCAGCGCCAUGGGUGAGCGCAAGGUUUUGAACAAGUACUAUCCCCCGGACUUUGAUCCGUCUCAGGUCCCGCGGAUGAAAAUGUCCAAGGAUCGACAAUACAAAGUCCGGCUCAUGGCCCCCUUCAACAUGCGGUGCCUCAACUGUGGCAACUACAUCUACAAGGCUACAAAAUUUAAUGCCGUCAAGGAGACGGUGCAAGGCGAAGAAUACCUGGGGAUGCGAAUUUACAGGUUCUACAUUCGUUGUCCCCGCUGUUGCGGUGAGAUUACGUUCAAGACGGACCCCAAGAAUACAGACUACGAAUGUGAGGCGGGGGCCACGCGCAACUUUGAAACCUGGCGCAUGAAGGAUCGCAUUGGAACCGUCGACGAUGAAGAAGCCUUGUUAGCAGCCGAAGCGACGGAGGAGCAAAAUGCCAUGCGAGCGCUGGAGGAGCGCACCAAGGAAUCCAAGCAGGAGAUGGACAUUAUCGAUGCAUUGGAGGAGAUUCAAGAUGCCAACGCCCGCGCAUCCAAAGUGGACGUAGACAGCAUCCUGGCUGAGAAGCACGGCGAGGAGGCCACCGUAGUACAGGAGUUGGCUCGGCGAAUUCAGCAGGAGGAGGAUGAUGCCGUGGCCAAGGCUUUCGGACAACAACGAGUGAUUAAGGUCAAACGCUUGGAUGACGAUGAAGCCCCGUCUGACAAU